UUUUAUUUAUAACCAGAUAAAUGUACGUUAUAAAUCAUUGUAAAAAUUAUAAAUAUAUUUGAAUAUCCUAAUAAUAAAACUAUAUUUUAUUCUAAAUUUAUUAUAAAUUUAUGUUAUAUUUAUAAUAAAUAUUAUUAAAUGUAAUAAAUAUGUAUUAUAUUUAUAAUACAUAUUUGCUGAUACAAAUAAAGUUAGGUUGUGUAGAAAUUUGCAAUAUAUCUAUAUAUGUAUACUGAGUUGAGUAAAAGAUUUAGUUAUUAUUGAAUUAUUAGAACACAAAAAAAAUAUCAUGUGAAUUAGAAUUUUCUUGAAAUAUUUAAAUCAACUUUUUUGCAAAAUAUCAUUUUAUUCUGAGAUUAUCAUAAUCAUGAAUUCUUUCGCGUUAUCUGGCACGUGCGAAAUUUUUUACGUAUUUGCUGAUAAGCAAUAUUUUAAAUUAAAAAAAAUAUUAAUAUAAGGAAUUUUAAAUUGAUAAAUAAUGUUUGAUUACAUAAUAAAUAGUUCAUUUUAAAAAUGACUAAAAUAAUUUUAAAUUUUUAUUUAUAUCUACAAAAAUUUAUAGGUAUGUAUGUAUUUAUAGGUAUUAGAAGUGGUAAGCAUUUUAUAUUAACUCUUCUUACUGGUAUAAUUUUUGGAUUUAUCUCAGCAUGCCUUUUAAUAACUUCUACAAGAAAUGUGCCAUAUAUGUUUAAUUGGUUUUCUGGUGGUUUUACACUUUCAAGAGAUCCACAUCACUAUUCAGAAUUGGAAUCAGAAAUUGGUCCUGAAAUAGAGGUAAAAUUUCAUAGUGCAGAUGAGGAUUUUCAUAAAGAUGAAGAUAAAGUUGCACAAGAUCUUGCAAAAAAAGUACGUAUCUUGUGUUGGAUCAUGACUGGUCCAAAAAAUCACCAAAGUAAAGCUCAACAUGUGAAAGCAACAUGGGGUAAACGUUGCAAUAUUCUUUUAUUUAUGAGUUCUGCUGAAGAUACAAAUUUGCCUACAGUUGUUUUAUCAGUAAAAGAAGGAAGAGAUAAUUUAUGGGCAAAAACCAAAGAAGCUUUUAAAUAUGCUUAUGAAAAGUACAAAGAUAAAGUUGAUUGGUUUAUGAAAGCUGAUGAUGAUACAUAUGUGGUGGUAGAAAAUUUACGAUAUAUGUUAUCAUCUUAUGACUCAAAUUCGCCAUUAUAUUUUGGCUGUAGAUUUAAACCAUUUGUGAAACAAGGAUACAUGAGUGGUGGUGCAGGAUAUGUACUUAGUAAAGAAGCUUUGCGUAAAUUUGUGGAAGAGGCUUUGCCUGAUAAAACAAAGUGUCGUUCAGACAAUGGAGGUGCAGAAGAUGUAGAAAUGGGAAAGUGCCUGGAAAAAGUAAAUGUCAAAGCGAUGGAUACUCGAGAUCCGCAUGGUCGUGGAAGAUUUUUCCCCUUUGUACCAGAACAUCAUUUAAUUCCUAAUCAUAUGGAUAAAAAUUUCUGGUACUGGAAGUAUAUUUAUUAUGAUACCAAAGAUGGUCUCAAUUGUUGUUCCGAUAGUGCGAUUUCAUUUCACUAUGUGUCACCUAAUAUGAUGUAUGUUCUUGAGUACUUAAUUUAUCACUUAAGACCGUAUGGUAUCACACAUAGUAUAGAAAAACUUACUACAGAUCAGUCAAUUACUGUAUUGACUGAAUACUAGUCUUUAUACUUAUCACAUUUUAAUCUAUAAUGAAUCUUUGUUUUUUAUAAAUUUUUAAGCAAAUAUAGAAAUUAAAAAAAAAUAUUUUGAAAUUUAAUAAUUAAAAUAAAAAUAAAAAUUUUGCAACUGAUGAAAUUUGCAAUUAAGCUUUUUCCUUUUUAAAUUAUUUUUUGUAUAAAUUGUUUUAUAUAUAUAUAUUAUAAUUAUAUAUAUAUAAAUAAUUUUAAUUAUUCAAAAAUAAUUUUUUUUUUAUUUUCAUGAAUAUAACUAGUCCAUUCAGGUCAAUGAAUUAGAUGUUAACAUCACUGAAAAAUAAAAAUUUGUCAUAUAUGUGA